AUGUCAAGAAAGUGUUGGCCGUACAACCCGUUCAGGAUAAACGGCACACAGACACCGAAUACUACGAUAUGCCCAAAACAAUGUAAUUGUUACUAUUGUCAGCGUAGUAACAACCAAAAAGGACCAGUCACAACAAAAUGGAUUGUUAAAAAUGUUAACUGCAGACGUAAUAGGUUCAAACGCAUCCCAGCAGAUAUACCAAUUGAUGUUCAGGUGUUAGACCUCUUUAAAAAUGACAUCAGCAGACUGAAGUUUGGUGAACUUACCAAUUUACGUGAACUCGAAUUCUUAAAUUUGGCAAAUAAUCAGUUAGAACAUCUAAGUAUAGAUAAUCAUUUUUUUGAUUGCCUCACUAAGUUAAACUCGUUAUAUCUUGAUUCCAACCGUGCUCUUACGCAUAUACGAAGCGUUUGGUUUCAGAAACUAGUGGCGUUGAAAUAUCUUUACAUUAGAUAUUCAGAAAUCAAAACACUACAAAGUGGAAUAUUCAAAAAUUGCGGAAACUUGACUGCAAUAUAUUUGACUGGAAACCUGUUAGUCUCUCUGCCCUCUGAUUUACUCCAAAACCAUCCUUUUUUAAGCCGUGUUGAUAUGUCACGUAACAGUAUUAAUGGUUUAAAUGAUGACGUAUUCCGUGGUUCAUCAAAGAUACGUCGUAUAUUUUUACAAGACAAUAAGAUAAUAAGAAUAAGUCGAAGUAUGGGUCUACAGAAUUUGACCAAAUUAAUUCAGAUUGGAGUCUCACAAAACCCAUUUGUCUGUGAUUGUAACCUGGUAUGGUUUCGUCACUGGAUAAACCAAACCAAUGCAACAUUGGUAGAAAUCAAUAAAACUAAGUGCAGAAACAUAAAUGGAACAAGUUUAGUUAACUUUGAUGCAGAUUCGUUGAUAUGCAAUGAGUAUGACGUCAUAACAACUGUCCUCAUUGUAACAUUUUGCUUAGCAGCUUUCCUAGCCAUCCUCGGUACAUUACUUUAUGUUUUCCGGUGGGAUAUCAGGUAUAUAUAA